CCAGUUUUUAAUCUCUUCUCUCCUAUUCUAUUAUCUUUUCUUUCUUUUUAACUCAUUCUAUAGCUCUUAAAUCCUUGGAGAUUUUAAUGGCAAUGGCUGUACCAGAAAACAUGAGCAGAUACGAGUGCUUCUAUAUGGCCAAACUUGCCCAGGAAGCCAACCGGUACAAAGAUACCGUCAACUUCAUGGAAAAGCUCAUCAUCGUUUCUACCUCCUCCUCCUCCGGCAGUGAACUCAUAAUCGAGGAGCGUAACCUCCUCUCCACCGCCACCAAGAAAGUAAUUGACUCACUCCGUGCCGCCUGGCAGGCCCUCUCUUCAACUGAACAGAACCACAACAACCACGUCGCACUCGUCACCGACUACAAAUCCAAGAUCGAAUCAGAACUCUCUCAUAUCUGCAAUAGGGUUUUGAAUCUGCUGGAAAAGCAUCUGAUACCCUCGGCAUCGAAGAGCGAGUCCAAAGUCUUAUACUUGAAGAUGAAGGGGGAUUACUAUCGAUACAUGACGGAAUUCAAAGUCGGAACAGAGAAAACAGAGGCCGUUGAGAACACCAUCAUGGCAUACAAGGCUGCGGAAGCAAUUGCGGUUUCUGAACUCGCUCCAACCCUUCCCACGAGGCUGGGUCUGGCACUCAAUUUCUCGGUUUUCUUCUACGAGAUUGAAGGUGCAUCAGAGAAAGCAUGUAGCAUAGCGAGGGAGGCCUAUGAGGAAGCCAUGGCUAAGCUGGACAGUUUGGGAAACGAGUCAUACAAGGAAACUUGUCUCUUCAUCUUGCAACUAAUGAGGGACAAUCUCAAUCUUUGGGCUUCUGAUAUGGAAAUCACCUCAUAUUCUUAUUAGUCAGUCAUAGGUUUGCUCAUUCUGUAUGAUUUAUUAUAGUUAUUUUGGGGUAGAGAAACUUCAUUGCUUUCCUUUUUGUUUUAAAGAUCCAGAUUCUUAAUUAGUUGUUUUGUUUAGUUUACAGUGAUCAUAGAAAUUGGUACAACGAUGGUUAUAUUUUAUAUAUUUUAGAUCUUCA